CUUGAAGGGUGUCGCCCAUAGUACACUCCUGCUGCCGUAUCUUCUGCAGACAACAGCCGCAGGAGGAGAACUUCUCCUGCUACCACAGGCAAAGGUUGGUAUGGGGGUGUUUGGAAUACUGGGGCCCAGGCCUCCAGGUUUAAACAGCUUUCAAGUAAUCUGGUAAGCUCGGGUGCCCCCCUGUGGUUCCAAGUGGAAUGUGCCUAGUUUCCCUUAGGGGAAAGGCAUCAGAGUGUGGGGGGAACUUCCUUUAUUUCAAAGUGAGGUCUGGCCCGCCCAUCAGCAGUAUCAGCAUUUCAGGUCCCGCUCCAAACGCACUGUAUCAAAAUCUGAACUUUGAACAAGAUCUGUACAUUAAAGUUUGAAAGGCAUUGCUCUGGCAGCCCCUUCUCUUUUCAUUCUGUAAGGAGAUGCUAAUGUUGGCCAAAGACCACACAGCUUCCAACAUUGCCUCUCCUUAGGAACUAGAGAGAUGGGAUAGGCUGCAUCCCAUGUCCAUACUCCUAACCAUUUCCCAAGGAGUUUUUCCCACACCAGCAUCCUUGGUUUUCCCUUCGUCUCUGGAUCAUCUUGUUCCGAUCCAGGCAGCAGGGCUGAGGGCCGUGACUCAGCCUUCUCCUCCCAGAGCUCGUAACAUGCAUCUUUUAAAGUUGUGUUGGUAAAGCACAGGGCAUGUACAGCAGAAAGGCUGAUUGAUGCACUGCCCUGCUCUCCUUCCCAAGACACCCAAAGCCCGGUGGUGGAGGAAACUGCCUGGUUACAUAAGCACCCAUUGUGGGGUUACCCCGAGAGUGCUGGUCUGAUUCUCUGGUUCCCCCAACAUUCUGCACCAUGCCUCCAUCAGAUUCUCUCAGUUCUUCUCUAAACCUUCUGGCUUUAAGUUCCCUAUUCUCUGAGGAACCUAGAUUUCCCCAAAUCAAUGGAUCUUCUCGCAUGGAGUCUGGAUUCCACUUAGGUGCCAACAACACAAAGACUGUUGAAUUGAAGAUAAGGAGCCCUGGUACUUCCCCCUUUGCCCCUACCAGCCCUUCAGCCUCAGGGGAGUGGCAGCCAGGUGCAUUCAUACCUGCCCUUCUUUCUUCCAGAGAUAGAUGGUGUGGCUGGUGACAAUGUGUGCCUGGAAACUCUGAUCACUAUGAAGCACUUUUGUUUUGUCCCUCUCUCAUGGUCCCUGCUCUCCCCUUUGCUCCCCGUGUCCCGAUCUCUGGGCGGCUGCCUCUCGGCACCCUGUCUGCCGUACACCUGGGCUCAGAAGUGGCGCCGGUUCGGGGCUGUGCUGUAUGGAGGGUCGGGCUGCGCUUUGGCCCGGCUGGAGCUCCAGGAAGGCUCGGAGAAGCUACGCCGGGGAGAGGCCGCCCGGAGGGUGAUCCGCCUCAGUGACUGCCUGCGGGUGGCCGAGGCUGGUGGGGAGGCCAGCAGCCCCCGGGACACCAGCGCCUUCUUCCUGGAGACCAAGGAGCGCCUGUACCUGCUGGCAGCCCCUGCUGCAGAGCGUGGCGAAUGGAUGCAGGCCAUCUGCCUCCUGGCCUUCCCUGGCCAGAGGAAGGAGCUGUCGGGGCCAGAGGGGAAGGGCAGCCAGCCCUGCAUGGAGGAGAACGAAUUGUACAGCAGCGCGACCACAGUGGCCCCCCGCAAGGAGUUUGCUGUGACCAUGAGACCCACAGAAGCAAGCGAGAGGUGCCGGCUUCGGGGAUCCUAUACUCUCCGUGCUGGGGAGAGUGCCCUGGAGCUGUGGGGCGGCCCUGAGCCGGGCACCCAGCUGUAUGACUGGCCCUACAGAUUCCUGCGGCGCUUCGGGCGUGACAAGGUUACCUUUUCCUUUGAGGCAGGCCGGCGCUGCAGCUCAGGAGAGGGCAACUUUGAGUUCGAAACCCGGCAAGGCAAUGAGAUCUUCUUGGCCCUGGAAGAGGCCAUCUCUGCCCAGAAGAAUGCUGCCCCUCCUGGGCUCCAAACGCAGCCAACCACAGUCCCUAUGGUGCUGCCCCAACCGGAGAGCCCCUACUCCCGGCCCCAUGACUCACUGCCACCACCAUCGCCCACCGUCCCACUGCCAGCGCCCCAGCCACGGGGCCCGGAGGGGGAAUACGCAGUGCCCUUCGAUGCGGUGGCCCGUAACCUGGGGAAGAGCUUGAGGGGCAUCCUGGCGGUUCCUCCCCAGCCCCCCGUUGACCCUCUGUACGACAGCAUUGAGGAGCACCCACCCCCGCAACCUGACCACAUAUAUGAUGAGCCUGAGGGAGUGGCUGCCCUGUCCCUGUAUGACAGCCCAAGGGCGCCCCGGGGUAAGGCCUGGAGGAGGCAGGCCCAAGCUGAUGGGGACCCCAGUGGCCUCAAGCAUGUCUACCCAGGGGGGCAGGACUUUUCUUCCUCUGGCUGGCCACAGGGAACCGAGUAUGACAAUGUCAUACUUAAGAAAGGCCCAAAGUGAUGGUGGGGGGGCACUGAAGAGAUGUGGACCUCAUCAAAUGCCAGUGCAGAGGGGGUCCAGUACACACGGGGAGGGAGUUAAAGGCUGGUGAGAGGAGUGGGAGCGGGAAGGCAGGUCUCCCAUCUGGUUUCUGCUGGUGACCCCUCCUGCCGCUGCAUGCCACGAACCUCCCUUUGCCCCUUCUGGAACCCUAGGCUUGGUUUGCCCUCAUGUGGGGUCGAGGAACUGCCCCUCCCAAGCCUGCUGCAUGAGUCACCAUCCCAAAGCAGGAAUAGUGCCCCAGGAGACCCACCCUCCUCCUGCUCCUUUUCCACUUCCUCUUCUUUCUUUCCUCGGCCAAAAGGGAACCUUGGGCGUUGAGAGCCCAGGACAAAAGGAAGUCAGCAAAGCACCCUGGUUCCCUGGCUCCUGCAGGCCUCCUGCCCCAUGACGUCCCCUGAAGGGGACAGCCCUGGCUGCUGGCACCCAGGAGGCGGGCUGCAGCUUUCUGCAGGUUUGGGACUUCUCUGUGGCAUUAAA